GCGGUGAAAUUUCAUUUACGAAAUUGACACCACAUUCAUUCGCAAAUUGUGUCUUCCGAUAUGAACCCAACUUUAGUUUGUUACGGUGUGAAUAGACAAAGGUUGGUUCGAAGGUGUCGUUGUUGGCGGAGAAUAAAGAAAAGAGAAGGAGGAAGUUAUGUGACCGACGCAAUCGAGGAAAUAGUAGUUUUUGAUAAUUAUAAUACGCACAUUCCUUUCGUUAGUCUACGUUCUACGAUUCACGCAAUUUCUAUCUUGCACGAAAUCAACUGCCUUCCCAUUUGUUAGCAAUAAUUUAGAGCAAUGGGCCUAGAUUCUCCGGUUUCUGAUUGGGCCAUGGUCUGCUCCAAGCCCAAUUAUGUUCCAUACACCGAGCAGCUAAGCCCGACUCGUUUCCACCCCAGAAACCCGGUAGCAACAGAAUCCCUUUCCUUCUCUCCGCCGGCGAUAUCGCGCUCGGAGACUCGCCCGUCGGCAAGAAAGAUGUUGAGAUUAUCGUCGAAGAGUCUCGCUGUGAAUCUUUCCUCUCUCCGUCGUCUCCAGUCUUACACUCCUCAUAGGGAGCUCCACAGCAGGAACAAGAAGGCGAUGGAGUUCAUAGCCAAAGGCUGGAACGCAUUGAAGGAAGUGGACAGAGUCAUCGAUUUCUGCGAGCUGAAUGACCAUCGCCUCAUCCCUCACCUCAGAACUGCUAAGGAGAACUUCGAGCUGGCGUUGGAGGCUGAUAAUUCCAAUACGCAUGCUAGAUAUUGGCUGUCUAAGUUGCAUAUGAAGUAUCAUGUUCCUGGUGCUUGUAAAGCUAUAGGAGCUGCUUUGUUAGUGGAAGCUGCAGAGAUGGGUGAUCCAGAUGCUCAAUAUGACUUGGGUUGUCACCUGCGAGUGGAGAAUGACUGGGUUCAAUCGGAUCAACAAGCUUUCUUUUAUUUGGAGAAGGCCGUGGACCAGUUACAUCCAGGCGCUUUAUACCUCCUAGGUGCUGUGUAUUUGACUGGAGAUUGUGUGAAGAAAGAUGUUGCCUCAGCUAUUUGGUGUUUUCAUCGAGCAUCAGAGAAGGGACAUGCUGGUGCAGCAAUAGCAUAUGGAUCUCUACUUCUUAGAGGCGAACAAGUACCAGAAGCUAUCACAAGACUACAAGUGAAACGAGGAACCCCGGGCAGGAGAGCGAAGACCAAGGAAAGCUCCUCAACGGACCCAGUAGAGCUGGCGAAACAACAGUUCGAAGCAGCAGCAAAUGCAGGUUGUGAUCUCGGGCUGAAAUGGCUGCAGCGACUGGAGGAAGCAGAGGAACGCCUACUUGCCGAAACUACCUCCCCCGAAGCAGUUGCCACCGCGUGAGGAAGAAACACCACCAUGUCCAAUAUCAAAGCAAGAUGUUUUUGCAAGAGCCUGUAAUAGGAAAAAUAUGCAAGCCUCCCCAUGAAUGUGAUUCAUCCUGAAAAUCAGAGAAACAAAGGAGACUAGGAGAGUGGGGGGGUGGUUUGAGCCUACUUUCACUAUUAUGGCUCUCCACUUCACUGCUUUAAUGCACAGAGUUAUGGUCUUGAUGUAAAAGUUUUGGGUGUGUAAAAAGCUAGUUCUAUAUUUGGCUGGGUACAAUGUCCAAUGUUGGUACCAAAAUAAGAAAAAAGGGGUUUGAUGGGAAACUACCCUGGCAGAGGCAGACUGGCUGCUUUUGAUACUGAAGCCUUCCUGACAUGUUUCUUUCACAGGACGAGACAUAUGGGAUGGUAAGAAGGACGUAGGCAUGAGUUGAGCACAACCCUAUUUGCCUAUUGAAGAGAGGAUGUCUAUGGGGUAAAUUCCAUAAAUAUUGUUUUUUUUAUUUAGCACGAAUAUGGUGUUUUAUAAACUAUUUACAAGAAU